GCAUUUGAGAGGUUCAAACAAAGGACAGUGUAGUUUUAUACUGCAUAGUUGUCAUAAGCCUAAAAGAUAAAAGUUUUUUUAAUUUACAUAUUUUAGCUACUAUAUUGUGUAGAUUUGUAACGUCAAGUGCGCCGGUCGUCAUAAGAAGGCUCCUCCACUAUGGCUCAGCUUUUUGCUGCGUUUGGAAAGUUUGGAGCGAACAACAAAGGUUCGAUCCAAAACUUUGGAAUUGUUGGAAUAACAAUUGGUUCUGAGGAAUUGAUGAAAUUCAUUUUCUUUUUCUGUCCAUGUAGUCGUCCCAUGAAUGAGAUUUACGGUGCCACAUUCAUCUGGGGACCAGCUGCAAUCCUGUUGGUCGUUGGUUACGUUGUCAAUAGAAGAACAUGGAGGUUAACAACGGGGAUGUGUAAUCGGACUCAAGGCGUUGGAAAAGGAUGUAAACGAGUUUUCCAUUUUAUGUUUAUUUUUCUAAAUAUAACGAUGAAAGCAAUUCUAGCACCGGCAACAUGGAUCGUCAUAUCGUUUCUGAAGGGUGAUUACUACGCUUGUGCAGCUUGGCCUAGACCGGAUGAUCCCGGAGUAGAAGAAAAAUUCAGUCUUGCUCCGAACACCACCAUACCCCCGCCCUGUUACUUUAAAGCAAAACCUGUUCCAUUCGACCGCAGUGUAUCCGAGAGUAUUGCUCGAGAUCUUCGAGCUUAUAGUCACAUUGUUGGUUGGUGGUUUUUGACAUGGGCUCUGAUGCUUGGUGUGUUCUUCAUGUUCGUAUUUAGAUGCUUAUCGAAAUAUUCAUACGAGCAAGGAAAAUACAUCGAUAAAUACCGAGCGAAUGAAAUGUCUCUGUUUGAAGAAGGUUUGGAUACAAAAGCAAAAGCUCAGGCGAAAAUUGUUGUUGAUCAGUUCUUCAGCAAACCUAGAAGCAAGGAGGAAUGGGAUCAAAUUGCGUCCAUCAAUGAUAAAGUCAUGAGAAGCAAGCGUGGACGUCCUAUCUACAGUCCAAUGCAUAAGUUUGUCAAUAAAGAACUUGUCGCGUUGGAGCUGGCUCAAGAUGAUAUCGUCACUGAUUCUGCAAAAAAGAAGCACCAUUUGUCAAGUUUGAUCAAGAAAAAAAAACCUGCAACAACUGCUGGUUCGAAGUGGCCAACCCCAGGCAAGUUGAGCGCUGGGACAACCGCUCCACCUCUAUCUGCCACAAAUAAACCACCUGCUACAGUACAAACGAGUAGAGGUCCAGCUCCUGCUGCCAUACCUAUGGUAGCCAUGGCGACUGGACGUAACCGCACCGUCAUUCAGCAGCCUCGUAAACCUGUUGAAAUGCACGAAGGAACACAUGCAUCUGUAGUCGAGCAGCAGCAACCAAAUCAAGAUGUAGAUAAUGCCCCACCUGUACCGGCAAGAGAUGAUCAAAAUCUUGCAGAAGGAAUUGAAAAUGAUCCCAUUAUGGAAGCCAACGUUCAAGACCGAAGCUCUUUAUUGCCUCCAGUGGCAAAUCUGGAAGAAGACCCAAUCAAAGAAGCCAACAUUGUCGAACAAGCAGACUUUGCCAGGCAAUCGAUGGAAAACCUAAAUGCUCAUGACGAUGUAGAAAUGAACGGAGAUAACGAUUUCCAAGCUGAAGGAAGUGAUGAAAAUGACUCCCAACCGCUUCUCACAUGAUUAAAUGCCGCGAAGGUGCCACAUUAAACUGCCCAACUGCCAGUGUGAGGCAGUUAGAAUGAUGCAGGUUAAUAAUAUUUCACCCUCAUAUUCAUUGAUGUACUAACAAACUUUUGAAUCGUUGUUGGUAGCAACAAUGAUUUCAUAUGGAAGAAAUGAAAAUAAAAGUUUAUUUGUUAAAGACACUGGACAAAAAUGUGUUUUACGAAUUAAAUUUUCAAUUUUGGAGUGUUCGGUCGCUUUGAUUUAUAUAUUGCAUUGAGAAUAGACGUGAUGUUUUAAUCCUGAUAAAUUUAUAAUUUUCUGAAAAUGGUAAAAUGCGGAAGGAAGCAGCAUUGAAACGUAAAAUGCAAGCUAGCAUAUAAUAUAGAAAAAAUAAAAUACAUCGGCAAUGUAUCAGGAAAUGCCUUUAAAUUGAAUAUACGUUGGUGGAUGACCGCUGUCUCAGCAUUUGGGGAAAGUUUCCAUUGUUUUCUAACAAAACAAUAAAUGUUAUAGAGAUGAUUCAGUUUUGAACAAACAGAAUAUGGAAAUCAUAGUUGGCCUAAACUUGAUGGUAAGGAACAGGCCCAAACGUCCUCUUUACAAAACCUAGACAUAGUUUGCAAGCAGCGUAAUUUGAAUUGUGGACAUUUUGUAUAUUGUGAAAAUGAAGCGUCAGAAAUUUUA